AUGGACGGUCGUGAUUUUCCGGACCUCGCGCCAAUAGUUGUUGUAAGGGGAAAAGGCGAUGUCCGAGCAGUUGUAAGAGAGCCUUUGUCGGCCGAGGGAGUUGGGCCGGCUGCAGAAGGCUUGGUCUUGGGCCUUCAUGACUUUCUCCGCGAGCUUUGCGGAGGAAACUACGAUGAGGGGUUUUGGGCCCAGAUUCAUGCGCAGGAUGGGCCCAUGUGCGGGGUUCUUGCGGCGGCUAAUUGGUGCAUGUUGCCGAUUAGAGGGAGGCCAGGCGGGCCGGGUGGGACGGGGUUAUUUGUGGGCUUCCUGUUUGCGUGGAGAAGGCUUCAAACUAAGGAAAUCCACUCAAUCAAGAGGCACCAGCUCUGGGUAAGGAUCUUAUGGAUUUUGAUGGAAGGAAUUGGAACAAAGAAGAUUGUUUUGAACGCAUUCUCAAAGGAUUAG